AUGGAUGCUUCCAGUCGGAAUAUGUUUAGCAUACUGAUCAAAUUUUUGAAAGAAAGGAUGUUCAAGCAUCUUCGGAAGUGGUUUGACACUCGUUUUUUUGCGCGUUCUCGGCAGAGGUCAAGGCUGGUUUCCAAGGAUGGAAGGUGCAACAUAGAGUUUGGCAAUGUGGAUGCACAGUCAAGGUUUAUAUUCUUUGUGGACAUCUGGACAACUGUGCUUGACCUCAAAUGGAGAUACAAAAUGACUGUUUUCAUCACAGCCUUCUUGGGGAGUUGGUUCCUCUUUGGUCUCCUGUGGUAUGUGGUAGCUUAUGUUCACAAAGACCUCCCAGAGUUCCAUCCAUCUGCCAAUCACACUCCCUGUGUGGAGAACAUUAAUGGCAUGACCUCAGCUUUUCUGUUUUCUCUGGAAACACAAGUGACCAUUGGAUAUGGAUUCAGGUGUGUGACAGAACAAUGUGCCACUGCCAUUUUUCUGCUUAUCUUCCAAUCUAUCCUUGGAGUUAUCAUCAACUCUUUCAUGUGUGGUGCCAUCUUAGCCAAGAUCUCCAGACCCAAAAAGCGUGCCAAGACCAUUACCUUCAGCAAGAAUGCAGUGAUCAGCAAGCGAGGUGGGAAGCUCUGCCUCCUAAUCCGAGUGGCUAAUCUUAGAAAGAGCCUCCUUAUUGGCAGUCACAUAUAUGGCAAGCUUCUGAAGACCACAGUCACUCCGGAAGGGGAGACCAUUAUUUUGGAUCAGAUCAAUAUCAACUUUGUAGUCGAUGCUGGCAAUGAAAACUUAUUCUUCAUCUCCCCACUGACAAUUUACCAUGUCAUUGAUCACAACAGCCCCUUCUUCCAUAUGGCAGCAGAAACUCUUCCCCAGCAGGACUUUGAAUUAGUGGUAUUUUUAGAUGGUACAGUGGAAUCAACCAGUGCCACCUGCCAAGUCCGUACAUCCUAUGUCCCAGAGGAGGUGCUUUGGGGCUACCGUUUUGUUCCCAUAGUAUCUAAGACCAAGGAAGGGAAAUACCGAGUGGACUUCCAUAACUUUAGCAAGACAGUGGAAGUGGAGACCCCUCACUGCGCCAUGUGCCUUUACAAUGAGAAAGAUGCUAGAACCAGGGUGAAGAAAGGCUAUGACAACCCCAACUUCAUCUUGUCAGAAGUUGAUGAGACAGAUGACACCAAAAUGUAG